AUGUACGUCUUUCGUUUGAAAAAGCGUGUAAUCCAAAGAAUAAAGUUAGAAAACAAGUUCAAGUUAAAAAAAUGUAAUAAAACACCAGAAAAUUUUGAAACAGCGAAAAUAAGAAGAAUUGAAAAGCAAAAGACUAAAACCAGACUAGACGAAAGAGACGAAAAAGCAAAAAAGAGUGGAAAUCUAAAGAAGAAUAAACCAACUCACCUGAGAAUAGUUCGUUUGAAGAAAAAGGUGAAAAACAAAAAAAGAAAAAAAGAUACAUUUAAUUUCGAUCACAAAGAAAAUAACAGAGUUAUCUGGACUAAUCUUAAUUACAAGGAUGAAGAGGCAGAUUUGACAAAAUGUCGACCACCAGACAAAUUUGAAAUAGCGAAAUUAAAAAGGAUUGAAAUGCGAAAGAAUAAAACCAGACUAAACGAAAAAAACAAAAAAGCAAAAAAGGAUGGAAGACUAAAAGAGAAUAAACCAACUCAAAAAGCAAAAAAGGAUGGGAAACUAAAAAAGAAUAAACCAACUCAACUGGGAAUAGUUUGUUUGAAGAAAAAGGGAAAAAGCAAAAAUAAAAAAAAAGAUACAUUUAAUUUCCAUCACAAAGAAAAUAACAGAAUUAUCUGGACCAAUCUUAACUACAAGGAUGAAGAGGCAGAUUUGACAAAAUUUCGACCUUAUCUUAUAAAAUCAAUAGCUCCUUCCGGCAGAAAACUUCUUUUUGAGUUAAUGACUAUGACUUCACAAGAUUGGAAGGCAGAUUUUAAGUAUGAGAUAGAAUUAAAUCCUCAAUGCUUGAAAAAAGAAAAAACUUCUUUUAUUUACUUAAAUACUUUAGUUUAUGUGAAAGCAAAAAAGAAGAAUUUAAAAAGCCUAUUCAAAUGUGAUUGUAAAAAUUGCUUGAGUGAAAAAGAAUACAAUUUAGUUAUCACUUUGCAAAAAGAAUUUCAGGGAAAUAAUCAAGUAAAAAGGAUUGAAAUAGAUGGGAUUACCCAAACUUAA